AUGGGCGAGGGCGAUGGCACUGCAUUACAGACAGCCUUGAGGAGCGGGAAUGAGACAAAACCCACAGAUUUCAUCCUCCUGGGCUUCUUCCCUGAAUUUAAAUACAUUUCAGCCAUGGUCUCCAUCAUUCUCCUGAUCUACAUGGCAACCUUCACUGGCAACACUCUUCUGAUCCUCCUCAUUUGGUUGUACUCCCAUCUCCACACCCCCAUGUACUUCCUGCUCAGUCAGCUCUCCUUAAUGGACUUAACUUUGACCUCUAGCAUCAUCCCCAAGAUGGCCGCCAACUUCUUCUCCGGAUGGCGGAGCAUAUCAUUCUUGGCUUGUGGGACUCAAAUUUUCUUCUCCCUGACUGUGGCCAUUGCGGAAUGCAUCCUUAUAACGCUCAUGUGUUUUGAUCGUUAUGUAGCCAUAUGCGAUCCUCUUCGGUACCCAGCCAUUAUAAAUCUUAGGGUAUGCUUACAGAUGAUUGCUAUGUCUUGGGUUGGAGGGGCACUUACUUCCUUGGGCCACACGGCUUUUACCUUGCAUUUUAAUAUCUGCAGCCCCAGAGAAAUUCCCCACUUCUUCUGUGAAGUUAUGGCUGUGCUUAGGAUCGUCUGUGAGGAUAUCUCAGCCUAUGAGAAGGCAGUGGUGAUAACAAGCAUCCUUGUUCUGCUCCUGCCCUUAUCUCUCAUCUUGUCUUCUUAUGUUCUCAUCUUCCUUGCUGUACUCCGAAUGAACUCCCCAGAAGGUAGGAACAAGGCUCUGGCCACCUGCUCCUCUCAUCUCUGUGUGGUGGGUCUCUAUUUUGGUCCAGGUUUGUGCAUAUACAUGAGACCUGGUUCUGCCAAGACUCCAAAGUUAAAUCAGGGUCUUUUUCUGUUUGGAACUGUCCUCACCCCUCUCCUAAACCCUCUUGCCUACAGUCUCAGGAACAAGGAAGUUCUAAGUGCACUGAAAAAGUUAAUGGGGCGGUGUCAGUCCUCCAGCAUCUAUCCUGCUCCAGCAGAUAUGCAAUUACCCAGAGUGGAGGGGUGUGGAAUGGUGAAGGCUGGUCCUACAUCCACUAUGAGGCCCCGGGGACCCAUCGCUGAGGCCCCCCUUGGUGACUCUCGGGGUUCAAAGUCCUUUGGCUUUAGCACUUCUUUGUUUGAGAGACACGGGAAAUAG